AUGAUUCUCUGUAAUAUGGCAGCCUUCGACGAUGACAACGAUCCCGCGACCGGAUCCCAGGACGAAGAUGAGAACGAGGAUGAGGAAAUGGAGGAUGUGAACGAGGCCAACCAUGAAGAUGAUCAGGACAUGGAUGCAGGCGGCGAUGAUGACGACGAGGACGAGGGCGAUGAUGAUAAUGAUGAUGACAACGAGGAUGAGGACGAUGAGGACAAGAAUGAACCAGAAUCUCCAUCACAACGUGCAAGUCAGCACACUGCUACACGUGGCGCAGCUGACGAGGAAGGCGCGAAGCAGUCAGUUGUUGUGGCCUCCAACUCUCCUCGAACAUCAAGUGGACGAUCUCCAGGCAGCUCUGGCGUGAGCUGGAUACCUCCAACACGGUCGUUGGCUCUGACUGCCCAGGCUUACGAUAUCGUGCCGACUAUGGCCGCUCCCCAGGGCACUUCAAUCAAUGCCAUAACUGCAACGCCGGACAUGCACUAUGUAUUCUCUGGAGGGACGGAUGGCUAUGUGCGGAUGUAUAACUGGGUGGAUACUGCGAACGGGAAGGUGCCGUUGACGGUGGCUCAGAAGCAUCCCUUUGUGGACAGCGUCAUGAAGGCUGGAUCGCUCAUCACGUACUGGGAGAAUGAAGAGUCCAAUUACUUAAAGACUCCGCCUUCACAACCAGAUGAAGGAAAGUGGACCAGCCCUGUCUACUCACUAGCUGUGCAACACCAAGCUCUCUGGCUGCUUUCUGGUCUGGAAUCAGGAGGUAUCAACAUACAGACCUGUCGCCAUCAAGCUGGUACCCGAAUCACCACCCUCAAAGAACACACGAGCGCCGUGUCAGUCUUACAAUUGUCGCGGGACGAGACAAGUGUACUCUCCGGAAGUUGGGACAAGAACAUUCACGAUUGGGACCUCAACAGCGGCAAAGUAAAGCGGUCCUUCAAGAUGUCCGGCAGCCAGAUUGGUGCUAUCGAGGUACGACCGACUAGUGAUCUCGCCGUUCCCGAAGUCACUGAGACGCAGCCGGAUCUACCUAGCGAUACCUUCUCCAGCAACAACGCAGAUAAGCCCACCCAGAAUGGCUCGAUGUCGUUGAACCAAAGCAGACGGCAGUCAGGCAAAGGCGACGAAGAUGCCCCUGGCUCCCCAGAAGGUAGUCUUUUUGGGGAAGGAGACCAUGGAUCUCUCUUCGGCGAAGACCCCGCAGGUGGUGCUGGUGGUGGUAACUCCUUCGGCGAUGACGAUGAUGACCUAACGAAAGCCCUCGAGGAUGAGAUGCAAGGUAGUGAGAAGGGUGCGGCCAGCGAUAUGGACACGGCGUUGAUGAAUGCCAGCAAUGGAGAUGCUGCGAUACCUGCAUGUGCCUCAGAAGAUAUCAUACCAGAGCUGGCCGAAGCAGCUUGGCAGCCCGAGCAGAGGAAUGAAGAGGGUGCAUCUGGCAGUACAGACUUGCACGCCAACGGCAUAGUCACAAACGGGCUGCCUCACUCAGAUGAACCGUUGACUGCGCCACCGACCAAUGAGGAUCAGCAAUAUUCCGUCGCCGACCUUCCUACUCAGUCCGAGUCGACCUUUCUCGACGCGGCCAUUGAUGGCACACUUCGCAUCUGGGACCGUAGAGUACAGCAGCCAGUCGCAGCAAUACAGCCUGUCGGUAGCACGCCACCAUGGGCGACAGGCGCUUGUUGGAGUCCUGAUGGGAACUUCUUCUAUGUUGGCCGUCGCAACUGCACUGUGGACGAGUACUCCAUUCACCACUUGGGAUCGAAACGUUCUGAAGCGAACCGUAACUUCAAGUUCCAGCAAGGAAGUGGACCGGUGUAUGCUGUUCGUGCUAUGCCGAACAAAAAGCAUCUUGUAUGUGCUUCGCAAGACAUCCUCCGCAUUUACGAUCUUGCCCAGGCGGAGUCGAGGCAUAAGACGGUGCCCUUCACGAUCGUGCCUGGACAUCGCGGCGGAGUCAUAAGUGCUAUACACAUCGAUCCAACGUGUCGCUUCAUGCUUUCUGCUGCCGGCAAUAGAGGGUGGGAAGGGAAUGGCACCGAGGUGCUUCUCGGUUACGAGAUCGGCGUUCAAGAUGACAAAGGUGUUUGGCAUAAAUGA